CCGUCGCAAUAACUGCCGCCAUCCCCGUCGCCGUCGCCGUCGCCGUCAUCGUCGCCGUCGCCGUCGUCCCCCAGGGGCCGCACUGAGCGCGGCGGCUUAUCCCUCUGGCCUUUUGGGUGUCUCUUCCGCCGCGUAGGUACGAGAGUGACUUUUGGUUGGGACUUGGGAAGUUCAUCAGUUACCAGGUGGUGUAAACCGAAGCCCUCGAUAGCGGCGAGGCUCGCGGGGAUGGGAGGAGCCGCUCCUGGUUGCGCUGUCUCCGGGGAGGGAGUCGCUGGAAGGAGGUAGAGAAGCCAGCCCAGGCUCCCAGCUACUGCCUACUUGGUGGCGGCGGCGGCGGGAGUCGUCGGAUGCCAUGGAGGCCGUCCAGCCCGUGUUGACUGACAGACUGAACCCGUUGCUCCACAAACCAGCUUUCCCAGCCGGCGUUGUGCAGCAGCCUCGAGACCAUGGCGACAGCGUUCCGGGCUUGUACAGUGGGUCUUUCCUUGAAACGAGGGGCAGGCUUAGCAGCGGAUCAAUAACAUCUGAAGAUUCACCGGCGCUGACGCCGAGAUGGUUGUCCAUCAAGUCCAACUCCAGCUCUGACAACUGCUUUGAAGGAUCCAAAAGAGUGGUAUCGUGGUCCGACAGGCACGUUUUCGAUGCAGAAUUCAUGGAUUUGAUGAAACAGGAAGUUGAUAGCCAGCUUGAUAGGCUCAAGGGGGAUGUGACAGGCUUGGAAAACUAUGCAUUGCCAGAUAAUGGAUAUAUAAUUGGUACACACCUGGGCAUGUCUCUUGAUGUGAUGCUGAUUGAGAUUGAUGAGAGGUUCAACGCCUUGAAGUUACUGCUGGCCGCUGUGUUCCGGCAGGCUAGGGAGAUGGCCAGCUCGUCGGUUUCUGAUCUCCAGUUGGAGCAUGAGUUGCAAUUGGAGAUCAUCAACAUCACAAUAGGAGAAUUCAUUGGUGGCCUGCAAGAGGAGAUGGAAAGAAAGCUGUAUGAGCAAAUUUCCAUGACAAACUCCAUGAGUAAGAAUUGGCAGGAUGCCAUAACUCAAUUUGCCAGCAUACGCGAUGAUCUGGGUGCUCUUUCUAAGCUAUUAUUUCCUUCACUGCAAGAAUCACAUAUUGCUCAUAGUAAGCACGAAAAUUCAGGCAGCAGGAGUAAUAGAUGGAAAUACAACUUCUUUGGAAAGAAAAACAAGGAGGAUCAUUCAUCUCGUGCUGAGGAAAACAAGAGUUUCAGGAAACAGAAGUCCAUAGUUGUCUCGGAAAAAUCUGAUUUCCGGCAUCUGAAUGGUAUGAGUACAGAGGAAAUCAUAAGUUAUUUCAAGACUGAAAUGAGCAAAUUGAAGAGGAUGCAUGAAUUGGACUUGCAGGAAAAGACAGAAGAGCUCUUCAAAUUCAAACGGGAGAAGGGAUUGCUUGCUCUUAAAAAUGAUGUGGAAUUUGAGCCAUUAAGAAAGAAAAUUCCACAGAUCAUUUCGAGAAUGGACCAAAUCAUUUCGAAGAACAUAAAGAUGCCUUCACUGUGCAUGACUCACGAUGGACUGGACGAAAGAUGCAUAUCAGCAAAAAGAAUCGAUUCAUUAUAUUAUGAAAACCAGCAUCUUAGAGGUUUGCUUGCAGAUAAUAUGAAGGAUGUCAAGGAAUUAUCAUCUCAGCUAUCUGAAGCCAGUAGAGAAAUGUCUCGUCAGUUGUUGUCAGAAGAUGAUCUCCAGAGACAAAUUGACAAAAUUAAAGAAGAAUAUGAGGACCUCCGAAUUGAAACUGAUGUUAGGGAUGGAGUAUACCAAACUGUUACAAGAAAAAUGCUUGAUGAUUCUAUGAACAGCAUGCAUGAUGCUGCAACAAAUUUUGAUGCAGAACUUAUAUCACUUGAAGCUGUGAUAUAUGAAAAGGAGAAGGCCUUGUGUUCAUCAAAUGAAAAAAAUCGAAUGUUACAAGAAAAAAUAACAGAAUUAGAGCAAUGUUCGAUCCAAGAUAACCAGAAAGAUCCAGAAGUCAUCAAACAAGAGAGUACAGAGAUUAUUUUGCGUGAUAUAGAGGUGGCUUCCCACAUUUCACCAAGAAUAUCACAAGAGACUCUCAAGCAAGAUCUGCAAUAUGAUGAACUUGUCAAACUGAACUCAAGUUUAGAAAUUGCUACAGCUGCAUUGAAGGAAGUUGAAAAGAAAAAUAUCGAUUAUAAUGGCAUUUUCACAAAAAAUGAGCAAGAGAAGCAACUCGAGUGCAUUUUAAUAUCUAUUAUGAAGUUGUCAAAGGAAUUUGUUGAGAUUGAGCAAAAAUUGUCAGUAGAAAGAAGUGCAAGCAGGUCAGAGGAUUUGAGUGAUCAUUGCAACCACAUGGUCAGACAAGCCGUUGUACUAACAAAAAUAGGCCUCUGGUACAAACAAGUGCUAGAAACAAGACGUUCUGAGCUCCAAAAAGCUGAAGCCAAGGUUGUCAUUUUGGGCGACAAGGUUAAUGCGCAUUUAAACCUUCUUGAGAAGAUAUAUGUAACUCUUGAUCGCUACUCUCCUACAUUACAGCAAUAUCCCGGGUUGCUAGAUGCUUUCCUGAAGACAUGCAAGCUUGUGGCAGGUUUGAGAAGUAACCAGAACAAAGAUGACAUAGCAACAUAAAUAGGAGGGGAAAUUAGGCAUGCUUAGGAGUUAGGAGGCCCAACUGCCAGUGCCAGGAGGGUACAACUCUCAACUCCAGUUCAUGUGCAUAACCAAUUUGCCAUGUGAC